AUGUUAAUACCACCCGGCGCGGUCAUUUUCUGCUACUGCUGCUGCGGGCUCCUCCGUCCGAGACAGAUGUUGCGAAACCAAGGCCUCCUCAAGUGCCGCUGCCGCAUGCUCUUCAAUGACCUGAAGGUCUUCCUGCUGCGGAGACCCCCCGCGCCGCCGCCGCCCUCGCCGCCGCCGCCGCUCCCCAUGCCCGGCGGCGCAGAGGCGGCGGCGGGCGGCCCGGCGGCGGCCGGCGGCGCCGCGGCGCCCGGGGGGCGCGGGCCCGGCUGGCGGGCGGCGGCGGGCGGCGGCGCGGGCAGCCCCGCCGCCGAGGAGUGGGGCAGCCCCGCCGGGGAGCCGCCCGCCUCCCUGCCCAGCAGCACCUCCUCGGACGACUUCGCCAAAGGCAAGGCCGAGGACCGCUACUCGCUGGGCAGCAGCGUCGACAGCGGCAUCCGCACCCCGCUCUGCAGGAUCUGCUUCCAGGGGCCCGAGCAGGGGGAGUUGUUGAGCCCAUGUCGAUGCGAUGGAUCGGUGAAAUGCACACACCAGCCAUGUCUGAUCAAAUGGAUUAGCGAGAGAGGCUGCUGGAGCUGCGAGCUGUGUUACUACAAGUAUCACGUCAUUGCCAUAAGCACAAAGAACCCUCUGCAGUGGCAGGCCAUCUCUCUGACAGUCAUUGAGAAGGUUCAGAUAGCAGCGGCCAUCUUGGGUUCCCUCUUCCUCAUCGCCAGUAUCUCGUGGCUCAUCUGGUCAACCUUCAGUCCUUCAGCCAAAUGGCAGCGCCAGGACCUGCUCUUCCAGAUCUGCUAUGGAAUGUAUGGCUUCAUGGACAUUGUCUGUAUAGGUCUAAUAAUACACGAAGGGCCCUCGGUUUAUCGGAUUUUUAAACGGUGGCAGGCGGUCAAUCAGCAGUGGAAAGUGCUGAACUAUGACAAAACAAAGGACAUGGAGGAACAAAAAACAGGGACCAGGACAAAUCAGCGCCCCUCCUCCCAAACCACCCACUCGUCCUCCACUGGUGGUACAGCCACUAACUCCGCUCCAGCCGACAGCGGGGCCCGGGCUGCCGGCCAUGCCACAGGCACCCUCUCUGACCACCACUGUGCUUAUACCAUCCUGCAUAUACUCAGCCACCUGAGGCCUCACGAACAGAGGAGCCAGUCUAGUAGUAACAGAGAGCUCGUCAUGAGGGUCACGACGGUCUGA